UUAGCCGACAAAUAGGGCAGAAAAUAAAAUUAUAUGAAGGAUGGUAUUUUUUACCUGAAAUGGUGGGAACUCUACUGUUUACCACAAUUGCUGAAUCUAAUGAUUUUCAAACCAAAAGAGAAAAUAAAAUUGGUUAAUAAAUAAAAGCUAUACCACAGUAUGUCUCCCUCACAAGAAGAUAAAGAUCCGCUGCCAGUUGAGCAACAGGAGUUUGUGAAAGCUAAUGCUGGAGGAUCAGUGACGUUCAGCUGUUCCUUUACAAAUAUUUCCACCAGUUUCGCUGCAACCUGGUCUUUGGGCUGUGAGAGUGAAACAAAUCUUCUAGAACUCCCAUCCUACAAAUACAGAACGAGAUCUGAGAAUCGUAAUCAGCAACUAAUUAUUGCUAACCUGACAGAGAGUGACUCCGGAACAUACUGCUGCCAUGUGGAUAUUCCCAGUGAUCCGAAGAACAAAAGAACUGCAGUAAAAGUGACUUCAGUAGAGAGUCAGAAAGAUGGCAGCCUGGUGAAGGCUAAUGUGAUCGAAGCAGAUGUUGGAGAAUCAGUGACUAUGAGAUGCAAGCAUAAGAAUGAUGGGUCUUCUUACUCUGUAUCAUGGGGUAUAGACUGUGAAACGGAAGCUAGGAAUACUUUAGUAGGUCAUGCAUGCUAUAAGAACAGACUCAAAUUCUCAGAAUCAAAUAAAGUCAUAACCAUUAAUAACCUGACAGAAAACGAUGCUGGAUUAUACUGCUGUUACGUGGAAGUCGCUGGUCAAAGUACUCAGCCUGCAGAUAAAACAAGGGUGCGUGUUAAAGAAAGACAACGCCAAGGAGGACAUUGUGACAAAUGCCAAAUGAAGACUCUUGUCCUGUUAAUGGAAAUUCUCCGAUUCAGCUCUCUAGUCAUCUUAAUCAUUCUUGUUAGCAUAUUAAUUAAAAAAUCAGCUUAA